AUGAUGGAAGACGCACUCCUUGCAGGCCUACAACGGUUUUUAUCGCCCGAAGGCCUAGGUGUCAUCAUUGCUUUGUCUUUAAGUGCCAUAGUUGGAAGGCUUGCAGUCCUAUCUCGAAACCGUAGCAACGACAUAUCCAAGCUUCCACUGGUCAAUGGGAAGAAGCCGUGGCAGUGGACAGCCCGAGAGCAGCGAGAGAAAUUUUGCCUGCACGCUAAGGAAAUCAUUGACGAUGCUCUUGCAAAUGUCGGCGACAAAUUUCUUCUGCAGACAGAAAACGGAGUCGAGCUUCUUCUCUCUGCAGAUUACGCCAAUCAGAUCAAAGACGAUGAGGCACUUGACUUUGGGAAACAUGACAUGCACUCUUAUCUCGAUGGUUUUGCUCCCUUUCGCCAAGGGCAGUCUCCCGACAGGAUCUUUCAUGACGCCAUAAAGAUCAAUUUGACUCAGGACAUUGCUAAAUUGAAUCUCCCCCUCUCAGAGGAAGCAUCUCACGCACUGCAGAAACACUGGACCGAUAAUACAGAAUGGCACGAGAUUCCUCUCAAGCUUCUUGCUUUCAAGAUUGUCUCUCAGCUGUCCUCCCGCGUUUUUCUUGGUGAAGAGCUCUGUCGUAACGAUGACUGGCUGCAAGUGACUGUAGACUACACGAGAGACUCUAUGCAGGCUGCCCAAGACCUCCGCCUCUGGCCGAGAUUCCUCAGAGUCUUCGCCUACUGGUAUCUUCCCCGCUGCCGGGCUAUCAGAGAUGAACUGAAGACAUCGCGCACUAUCGUUGAGCCUGUACUUGAGAAGCGACGACUCCAGAUACAGGAGCGGAAGAAGCAAGGGCUGGAUCCAAUACGCCAUCUUGAUGCUAUGCAGUGGAUGGAAGACUCAUCGAACGGUCGCCCGUAUGAUCCCUCUGCUGCCCAGAUCAUGAUGGCAAUCGCUGCCAACUUUUCGGGAUCUGACUCCUUGAGCACGCUCAUGAUUUUCCUUUGCCAGGAGCCCCAGCUGGUUGAAGAUAUGCGCAAGGAAAUUAUCUCCGUUAUGACUGAGAGCAAGUGGAACAAGUCAACUCUCUACAAGCUGCGACUCAUGGACAGCGUGCUCAAGGAGAGUCAGCGCAUGAAGCCUGCCGCUGUUGCUGUUAUGCGACGACUCGCGCUCAAAGACACAAAACUUCACGAUGGAACCAAGAUUCCCAGGGGCACCAAACUUAUGGUUUCAACAGCGAGGUCAUGGGACCCGGAGAAAUAUCCAAAUCCUGAAAGGUUCGACGGGUAUCGUUUCUUGCGCAUGCGUGAGGAGCAGGGACUAGAAACCGCCCAAUUCGUGUCCACGACCCCUGAUGCGCUGGGCUUUGGCAUGGGGAAGCAUGCCUGCCCCGGACGCUUCUUUGCAUCCAACGAGCUCAAAAUCGCCCUCAGUCAUAUCAUCCUGAAGUAUGACUUCAAGCUGGCGCCGGGUGCCCCUACGAAGCCAGAAUUUCAGGCGCUAUUCUGGUCGGCCAACGAUAACGCAAGAAUUGUCAUACGACGCCGCAAGGAGGAGAUUCAGCUGUAA